ACUCGCGCCAAUCCAAAGCUCGCUCCACAGUCCGCCACUGACCAACGACGCCAUUCGGCCUUCCUGCCAGCUCUCCGUUUCCCAGAACCGCACAACCUGCGCGUACGUUACCAAAAGUCAACGCACCACCCUCGGCCAUCCCGUUGGUGUUGUUGACGCUGCACUGCCCUCUCGGUCUCAGCCUCCUUCCCGAUACGCGCUGCAGCAGCGUCCCACGGCCGAGUUCACCAUGUCCGCUCCUCACGACGGCUACGGCCAGUAUCCGCCCCAGCAGCCCGGCGAGCAGCCCCCGUACCCUGACCCAGCCUAUGCGACUCAGGCGGACGCCCCGCCGCCGCCCGCCAGCACACAUCACGCUCCCGAGCACGGCAAGAAAAAGAAGCGCACAUACGCUGCCGGUGCAUUCGAGGUUGGUACCGGGGCCAAUGCGGUACUAGGGGGCCAGGCGCAAGGGGGUGGCCAGUUUGGAGCUCCCGUCCCGGGAUACGGAGGCUACCCACAACCAGAAGCCUCUUCCGCCGUUUAUGGCGCCCAGCCGACUGCCUACGGCGCCCAGCCGCAACAGCCGUAUGGGAUGCCCCAGCCGGCGGCACCCGUCGCGGGCUACCAGGUCCCGGAGCCCUACUACCCCUCUGCUGGAGCCCCUCCGGCCCCAGGCGGCGUUGCCGGUUUGACGGCCGGCAUGUCGGCCAUGAAUCUCGGCCCUGGAGCGCAGCAGCAGCAGCCGCAGCUCCCGCCGCAAGCGAGAGCCGGACCUCUCAACCAACUCUACCCGACCGAUCUGCUCAACCAACCGUUCAAUGUCUCAGAGCUGGACCUCCCUCCGCCCCCCAUCAUCUUACCCCCGAACUCUAGCGUUACUCCUUCGCCCGACGCGAAUUGCGCCCCCAAGUAUGUGCGAUCGACACUCAACGCCAUCCCCACGACGCACUCCCUGCUCAAGAAGAGCAAGCUUCCGCUGGCGCUUGUUAUCCAGCCCUACGCGUCCCUCCACGACCUGGAUGACCCUGUUCCCGUUGUGCAAGAUCAGGUUAUUUCGCGUUGCCGGAGGUGCAGAUCCUACAUCAACCCCUUUGUGACCUUUUUGGACCACGGCCACCGAUGGCGCUGCAACAUGUGUAACCUCACCAACGAUGUGCCUCAGGCAUUCGACUGGGACGCUGCGGCCCAGAAGACGGUGGAUCGGUGGCAGCGACACGAGCUCAACCACGCCGUUGUCGAGUUUGUCGCCCCGCAGGAGUACAUGGUCCGCCCCCCGCAACCGCUGGUCUAUCUGUUCCUGUUCGACGUCAGCUAUGCCGCCGUGUCGACCGGUCUCCUGGCCACCAGCGCCCGCACCAUCCUCGACAGCCUUAACAGGAUCCCGAAUGCCGACCGCCGCACCCGGCUCGGCUUCAUUGCCGUCGACUCGAGCUUGCAUUACUUCUCGGUGCCCAAGGACGCCGACGAGAACAGCGAGACGAGCAUGCUUGUAGUCAGCGACCUGGACGAGCCGUUCCUUCCCGUUCCGCAAGAGCUGCUCAUUCCCCUGACCGAGUGCCGGAACAACAUCGAGAACUUCCUCGCCAAGCUUCCCGACAUGUUUGCCAACAACCAGAACAAUGGGUCGUGCAUGGGCUCUGCCCUUAGGGCUGGCCAUAAGCUCAUCUCCCCUCUCGGCGGCAAGAUCGUCGUCCUCAGCGCAUCACUCCCCAACGUAGGCUACGGCAAGCUCGACAUGCGCGAGGACAAGAAGCUGCUGGGCACGUCCAAGGAGAGCAGCCUGCUCCAGACGGCCAACAGUUUCUACAAGAGCUUCGCGGUCGAGUGCUCCAAGAACCAGGUCUCGGUAGACAUGUUCCUGUUCUCGUCCCAGUACCAGGAUGUCGCAUCGCUCAGCAAUCUCCCCAGGUACACGGGCGGCCAAACCUGGUUCUACCCGGGAUGGAACGCGGGCCGCCCAGAGGACGCCAUCAAGUUCGCAUCCGAGUUCAGCGAUUAUCUCUCAUCCGAGAUCGGCCUGGAAGCGGUUCUUCGGGUUCGGGCGACCACGGGCCUGCGCAUGAGCACAUUCUACGGCAACUUCUUCAACAGGAGCUCUGACCUUUGUGCCUUCCCUGCCUUCCCGCGCGACCAAUGCUACGUUGUCGAGGUGGCCAUCGACGAGAACUUGACCAAGAACGUCGUUUGCCUGCAGACGGCGGUGCUGCACACGACGUGCAAUGGCGAGCGCCGCAUCCGUGUCUUGACGCUCGCUCUGCCGACCACCAGCAACCUCGCCGAUGUCUAUGCUUCGGCCGAUCAGUGUGCCAUCACAACCUACUACAGCCACAAGGCCGUAGAGAGGGCGCUGAGCAACGGACUCGACUCUGCCAGGGAUCUGCUGCAGAGCAAGAUCACCGAGCUUCUACAGACCUUCAGAAAGGAGCUUGCCGGCGGCAGUAUGGGCGGCGGCUUGCAGUUCCCAUCCAACCUCCGGGGCCUUCCGGCUCUGUUCCUGGGCUUGAUCAAGCAUGUCGGUCUCAGAAAAUCGGCGCAGAUUCCGUCGGACCUCAGGUCCGCCGCCCUCUGCCUGCUUUCGACCCUCCCCCUGCCCCUGCUGGUGCAAUACAUUUACCCCCGCCUCUACUCGCUCCACGACAUGCCUGACAACGCGGGCUACCCCGAUCCGGAGACGAGCCAAAUCGUGCUCCCCCCGCCGGUGAACCUGUCAUCGGAGAGAUUUGUAUCCUACGGCCUCUACCUCAUCGACGACGGCCAGACACAGUUCUUGUGGGUCGGCCGCGACGCUGUUCCGCAGUUGCUCGUAGACGUGUUUGGCGUGACCGACCGCGCUCAGCUGCGGGUCGGAAAGGGUUCGGUGCCGGAGCUCGACAACGACUUCAACGAGCGUGUACGCGCCGUUAUCCAGAAGAGCCGCGACCAUAAGUCGAGAGGGGUUGGCAGCGUCGUCGUGCCGCAUCUCUACAUUGUCCGCGAGGAUGGCGAGCCUAGCCUCAAGCUGUGGGCCCAGACGCUCUUGGUGGAAGACCGGGCGGAUCAAGGGAUGAGUUUCCAGCAGUGGAUGGGGACGCUGAGGGAGAAGGUUAGUAUCUGAUGGCGCGGAAAUCCCGUGCUCGCGUUGUGGGAACACGGCGCUGAUAUCCCAAACAGGUUGUUCAAUAAUGAAGAAGAUCUGCUGCGCAAACCAGGGGAAACUGUCUCGGGGUGUAUGUACGCGUCGGUAAUGCUUGCAGUGAAUAGAUUUACAGAGCCAAGUUCUGAAGAAAGGAGAAUGCAUUGCCGGCCCGUCGCCGUUUUCACGAGAAGCCACUUGGAACGCCUUCGGCCAUCC